CUCUGCUCCUCCCGAUCCCCGUGGCCUCUGGCUUGCGGAGUGAAUCCUGCCCAGGACUGCGCCUCAGGCUGGAACUCCAGGACAAGUGCAUAGGCUUCUUCCCAGGAAGAUUGGGGUCCCCUUUUCUUGGAGCUCCUGAGAGAACCCCUGAGCCUACACGGUGGCCAUAUUGAGAACUUGUGGGACAAUGAGCAUCAUUGUGCUACCACUCAUGCUGCCACUCUGAUAGCCUCUCAGACUGACUGUCAGCAUCGUUUCCAAUUUAGGUGGUCAUUCACCUUCAUGUGACCUGAAGAGAUAUAAACUUCCAGGUCACUUAGCUGUUCAGGAAACAGAACAUGUCAACAAAGGCUGCCUCAGAAAUCUGUGAGCCAGAGGAACUUCAGAUCAGGACAGAGAGAACAGGGAAGCAGCUGCAAUGGCUUCAGAAAUCCUGGCGAACAUGAAGGAAGAGGUGACCUGCCCCAUCUGCCUGGGGCUCCUGAGAGAGCCCAUGAGCCUGGACUGUGGGCACACCUUCUGCCAAGCCUGCAUCACUGCAAACAGCAAGGAACCCAUGGUCAGCAAAGAAGGAGAGAGCAGCUGCCCUGUGUGCCGAAUCAAUUACCAGCCUGGGAGCCUGCGGCCUAACUGGCACGUGGCCAACAUAGUGGAGAUUCUUCAAAAGGUCAAGUUGAGCCCAGAGGAGGAGCAAAAGACAGAUCUGUGUGUGCACCAUGGAGAGAAGCUCCUGCUCUUCUGUAAGGAGGAUGGGAAGUUCAUUUGCUGGCUUUGCGAGAGGUCUCAGGAGCACCGAGGUCACCCGACUUGCCUCAUGGAGGAGGUUGCCCAGGAGUACCAGGAAAAGCUGCAGGCAGCUCUGAAUGGGCUGAGGGCUGAACACAAAGAAGCUGAGAAACUGGAAGCUGACAUCAAAGAAGAGAGAACUUCCUGGAAGAAUCUAAUACAAAAUGAGAGCCAAAUUGUCCAGGAUUGCUUUAAAAAAAUGAGAGGCUUCCUGGACACUGAGGAGCGGAAGGAGCUGCAAAAGCUGAAGAGGGAAGAGGAACAUGUUCUCUGUGUCCUGGAACAGUCUGAGAAUGAGCUGGUGAAGCAGAGGCAGUUGUUGAAAGAUCUCAUCCCAGAUCUGGAGCUUCGGUUGCAGGAGUCAACGAGGAAGAUGCUGCAGGAUGUGAAUGGCAUCAUCGAAAGGAGUAAGACCUUCACUCUCAAGAAACCAAAAACUGUCUCCAAGAUAGUACGGAGAGUGUUCCAAGCUCCUGACAUGAGCGGGAUGCUGGAAGUGUUGAAUGAACUGCCAUAUGUGCGCCGCUACUGGGUUCACGUGACCGUGGAUCCUCCUGAAGAUAAAUCAACACUUGCUGUUUCUGAGAAUCAAAGAGAAAUCAGGGUUUGCAUUCCUUGGAUAUUACUUUUUUGCCAUAAUGAUGAUUAUGAUACAUUUGGUGUCCUCGGCUCACCAUUUAUUACAUCAGGGAAACAUUACUGGGAGGUAGACAUAUCAGAGAAACGUGCCUGGGCUUUGGGAGUAUGUGGUGAAAAAUUCCCUCACUCAAAUAUGAAGAGUUUUAUUAAACAAGGUAACAAUUGUGAACAGGUUUACUCUAGAUAUCAACCUAAAUAUGGCUACUGGGUAAUAGGAUUAGAGAAUCAAUCUCAAUAUAAUCCUUUUGCAGAAUCUUCCUCCUCUAAUCCCUUGAAAUUAACCCUCUCCCUGACUGUUCCUCCCCGUCGUGUUGGGGUUUUCCUAGACUAUCAUGCUGGCACUGUCUCAUUUUUUAACAUCACAGACCAUGGGUCUCUUAUCUAUAAAUUCUCCUCAUGUUCCUUUCCUCAGAAAAUUUUUCCGUAUUUCAAUCUUAUGAAAUGUAAUGGUGCCAUGAUACUGUGUUCUCCAAAUUCUUAAGUCGCUUACACCCUCAACCACCUCUAUGUAGUGCCACUGGCCUUGGAUACAUCUCAUGAACUGAGCUUACCUGCACCAUUCUCUCAUCUUUCUCUUGUUGCCCCUCCUCUUUUUCCCAUUUGAACAUCCUUCAUUCAUCAUGAGGGUGUACCAUUUGCCUCAUGUCAUAUUUUCCCCCAAAUCGUGUUGCACUAAGAAAGGAUCUUAAUUCAUCUCUUUCUGUACUCCCAAAGAAAUCACUAAUGCCUCAUAAAAGUAUAGUUAUGGAGGUGACAUCUCUACCAAUUUCUACUAUCUCAUUUCCUCUGCUGCUGAAUGGCAAGAUGAAUGAAAGCUUUUCAAGAACUUUUGUUUAUGAUUAAAGACUUUGUCUAGGAAUCAUUGACUCAGAGUGAGUCUCAAAGGUAUGUCAGUUUACCCAUCAUGUUCUUUAUGCAUCAAGGAGUAAAGGAGAAUUUUGAAGAAUAGUAUGUUCUAAGAGUGGAGCUUUGUAUCCACAGUAUCUGAGGUCAAGCCCAGUCUCUCCAAAUAUACACAGUGAAUCGUGAAUAAGAUACUUGAAUGCUGAUUUCAUUUUCUUAAAAUAAUCCUGGUAUAAAAAUCACACCAGAAAUAGGAUUAUUGUGAGAAGAAAAAUGCCAUUAAGUAUAAAAUAUAUAACUGUUUCAAACAUUUUCUCUACUAAUUAUUAAAAAAAUACAAGCUGUGCCAGUGUCUCAUGAACAGGUUUGUGCUUACAGGGGCAAUGGGGUGGUUUCUAUCAAAGUCUCAUGUUUCAGAUCCCAGAUACAUCUGUGUCACCACCAAGGCCACGCCAGCUCUGCCUGUGUUAGACCAGUGUGUUUCUGUGUGUGUGUGAGUGUUGUACAUGUGAUGGUGAAAUUAUUAU